AAUGAGGCUGAGUAAACAACAAUAGUAAAGGUUGACUUUGUUUCUUGCACGCAGAGAACGUGUCCUAUUGGCUGCAUUGGGAUCAUCUGCCUCUGCAGGUGUUAGUGCUGCAGACACCAAGCGGGAAAUCAGACUGGAAGUUUGAGACAGCCAGUCUUUUUGCCAGAUUGUCUACAAUUUCUUUUAUCAUAUCGCCCCAGCAACACCGCCAGUGUCAGCUCGUAGCAGCUCCUGUUGCAUCCUCAUCCUGUCCAGAGACCAACUAAAGCCCACUCUUCCCAUCCCCCUCCCACAGGAGACCGUACUUUACCAGCUACACCCACACUCAUCCUCCCCAGAGAGAGCGUGAAGAGGUUGUGUUGCUCUGGCCACAAACGGCAGAGUGCAGGCUGAAUGUAGCUCAGACAGCACAGAGACCGACAGCAGCUGAUUCAGCUUCAGAGAGAGAAAUGUAAAAAGUAAAGAGGGGAUACAGGACUGACAGUGCGUCUUCAUCCCAGGGGACUGCAUCAGUACUCGGGCUGUCAAUGGAACUGUCAGCUAAUCCACGGUUUGAGGAGCAGGAUGAGGCUCCCCCAGCUCCGUCUGCCUUCCCGUCUCAGAUGAAAAGCAGCGGCAGCAGCUACAGCACCGUCCAGCAGCAGGGUUACUCUGCAUCCAUCUUCCUGCGACGCAAAGACAAGCUGGAGCGGACGCAGCAGAAGUGUGUUGCCAUCUUUGCGCUUCUCUGCUGCUUUGCUGUGCUGCUGGUGCUGAUCUUCUCCUCGGUGGACAUCUGGGGGGACGAUGAGGAUGGAAUCACAGAGGAAAACUGCAGUCGAAACUGCCACAUCGUGCUCGUGGAGAAUAUUCCAGAUGACCUCUCUCUCCACUCGGACGGCAGGCUGCACCUCCCUCUCUCUGUCGCCUUUCACUCUCUGCUGGACCAAGCAAAAUACUCCAUUGAGGUAGUGUCCUCUGUGUGGGACCUAACCUCCUGGGACAUGGAGCCCCCUCCCAACACUGCCAAACAGGGACAACUGUUGUUCCAGCGACUGCUCAACCUGAAGUCUCGCAGAGUCAAACUGAAGAUUGCCAGCAGUUUGACAAACUCCUCAGAGCUGAGAGCUCUGGCAGCUCACCAAGCAGAGGUUCAUUUUGUGAACAUGACCGCUUUCACCCGGGGUGGGCUGCAUUCAUCCUUCUGGAUCGUGGACCGGCAGCAUAUUUACAUCGGCAGUGCUGAUAUGGACUGGAGGUCACUCUCCAAGAGGAAGGAGCUGGGUGUGGUGGUGUAUAACUGCAGCUGCCUGGCCCUGGAUCUCCACAGGGUCUUCUCCUUUUACUGGCAGCUCCAUGAUCGAGACUACAUUCCCUCCAUCUGGUCGAAGAGAGUAACAGCCCUCUAUGGGAAGCAUGAGGCUCUGGACCUGAAGCUGAACGCCACGCCAGCCUCGGCCUACGUCUCUACUUCCCCUGAGAUCUUCUGUUCUAAAGAUCGAACCAGAGAUGUUGAUGCCAUCUAUCAGGUGAUCCAGAGUGCAAAGACAUUUGUCUUCAUAUCUGUGACCGACUACCUUCCCCUGGUCAACAAAAGUUUCAGAGGAGCUUCAAUUACCAGGUACUGGUCAACAAUUGAUGAGGUGAUCAGAGAAGCUGUGGUGCUGAGGGGAGUCAGAGUUCGCCUGCUCAUAAGCUUCUGGAAGAAAACUCACCCCCUUACAUUUAAUUUUGUGACCUCGCUCAAGUCUCUGUGUCUGCAGCUUCUCAACUGCUCCCUGGAGGUGAGGUUUUUCAGUCACAAGGAACAUAAGGACGACUUUCAACUUAGACUCAACCACAACAAGUAUGUAGUGACAGACAACGCUGUCUACCUCGGAAACCACAACUGGGUCGGGAGUGACUUUGCAAUCAAUGCAGGAGUUGGGCUGGUGGUGAAGAUGGCAGAAAAUCCUAAGGGAGUUACAGUCCUAGAACACAUUAAAGCUGCAUUUGAACGGGACUGGAGGUCAAAAUAUGCAAAAAACCUUCAAGGGGGCAGCAGUCAACAGGAGAAACGCAGACACCUUCAGACACCAAAGGGUUUCUGGGAAGGACAGGAAGAAAAGAAGUGGAACGAACCUUUUUGAAUGUUUAUGUCAAAGCCUCAUAUGCCUGAGUAGAUCUUACAAACAUGUACACGCACAAAGAGAAUGUAAACUUACACUAGUAGACGUGAUUUGUGCCUUAAUUUGAGUCAUUCAGUUUGUCAAAGGCUUGACAGCUUCAGGUUUCAGUGAUUGCACCUUAAUCACCUUAAUGGUAAGAGCAUGUUCUGCUGCAUGAACACUGACAUCAAUCUUCUGUUACAACCAAUAUACAACUGAUAAUAUGAAUGCUGUCAGUUGGUUGUGUAAACUCUGUAUUUUGAAUUCUGUGGUAUCUAACCUGCACUUGUUAGAUUCGUUUUUCAUUCGUCUACAACAAGCUGUUCCCUAAAGGAUGUUUUGAUUGCAUUAUUUUUUGUAAGGUUACCAACAUGAACACUUACAAGCCUGGACAAGAACUUAGCUUCUACCGGACAUGCAAAGUGGGACCUCUGAAGGCUGUUCUUGAUUUAAUCCCACAUUAACGCUGAGUGAGAAAUUUCUGUUCAGUCAGGAGGAUUUUGGAUGGAGGGAGUCCAUUUGCUCCUCACAUCAGAUAGACAUGAACGCCAGAGAAGUUUAGGAGGAAAUAGAGGUCAGAGCAGUUGGUUUGCAUCAUAAGUUUAAAAUAAAGGGCUUUGUCACUAAAA